ACACAGCUUGCAACAACAUGAUGGACCUCUUUGAGACCAACUCUUAUUUUUUCAACGAUUUGCGUUAUCUUGAGGGGGACCAUGGGACCUUGGAUAUGCCAGGAGUGUCCCCGCUCUAUGAGGGGAAUGACAGCCCUCUCUCCCCGGGACAGGAUGCAGUCCCGUCCGAAACGGGGUGCGAGAGCAGCGGGGAAGAACACGUUUUUGCGCCGCCGGGGCUUCAGCCUCACUGCGAGGGCCAGUGUCUCAUCUGGGCUUGCAAAAUCUGCAAAAGAAAAUCGGCACCGACUGACAGGCGAAAAGCUGCCACUCUGAGAGAGAGAAGGCGGCUCAAAAAGAUCAACGAGGCAUUUGACGCGUUAAAGAAAAAGACAGUGCCCAAUCCAAACCAAAGGCUACCCAAAGUGGAGAUUUUACGCAGCGCGAUAAACUACAUCGAGAAACUACAGGACUUGUUGCAUACGCUGGACGAGCAAGAUCAGAACUCUGACAGUGACCCUUACACUUAUAACACUAAAGACAACCACGUGGCUGCGAGUGAGAAUCACUGGAAAAAGACCUGCCAAAGCUGGCAGGGGAAUCUAGAUCAUUCCAGCUCCCAGAUGGCCAGUAACAGAGAAGGAGUCGCAGUAGAGACUUCGGCGUCCUGCAGCCUUCGUCGCCUCUCCUCGAUUGUUGACAGUAUUUCCACUGAAGAGACGAAAGCACGCUGCCCCGACCACAUCUUAGAAAAGUGAAGCUCAAAUAUGCAUCUCACAUUUCCGACUUUUUAUUUAUUUCCAUGAGCUAGUGUGAAUGUUUUAAAUGUAAUAGGUGACAUUUUUACAAUAUUAAUUAGUCAUGAAUAAGCAUUAAUAAUAUAAUACUAUAAUAUAAUUAUAAUUAUAAUUGAUGUUAUCAUAUAAUAUAUAAUAACAGAUCAGUAGUUAAUGUACAUUGAAAUACGAAUACAGUAUAAAGCUUUAAAUUAAAGUUUCAAAACAUUUCUAACCAUUUGAAUGUACAUUAAUGUGAUUCUCAUGAAACCUGUCAAGAAAAUGUUCUGGUCAUAUUUAACCCCUAAUCAAAUAAAAAUAAAUAAAUGAUAUUUUACAUUAAGAAAAUAAAACCUUCAUUUAGCACCACUAAACAGAACACAAACAAAGAUUUUUAGAAGAGUAUUUCAGCCAUACAUGUGAAUAGUGACCAGAACACUGUAGGUCCAAAAAGCACAUAAAGACAGCGUAAAAGUAAUCCAUAUUACUCCCGUGGAUAAAUGCAUGACUUCAGAAGUGAUAUGAUAGGUGUGGGUGAAAAACAGAUCAAUAUUUAAGUCCACAAAGAAUGUAAAUCGCCAAAAACAAAAGAAGAAGAAUGUAAAAGUGAAAGUGGAGAUUUAUAGUAAAAAAAAAAAUUUAUAUAUUUAUAAUAGACUUAAAUAUUUAUCUGUUUCUUACUCACACAUAUCAUAACGCUUCUAAAGACAUGGAUUUAACCACUGGAGUUGUAUGGAUUACUUUUAUCACGCAUUUAUGUGCUUUUGGAGCUUCAAAAUGUUGGUACCCAUUCACUUGCAUUUUAUGGACAUACAGAGCUGAAAUAUUUUUCUAAAAAUCUUUGUUUGUGUUCAGCAGAAGAAAGAAAGUCAUGCACAUCUGGGAUGGUAUGAGAGUGAGUAAAUGAUGAGAGAAUUUUCAUUUUUGGGUGAACUAUCUCUUUAAGAUUUUUUGCAUUGUGACAUUAUUUUCAGGACACUAAAGCACAUUUUACCCCCUAAUUCUCAUUAACACAUAACACAUCUGGACAUUUUUAUUUUUACCAUUCCCAUUGUUUUCCAAGAUAAUUCUCAUUACCAUAACAUGGUCAUGUUUUUUUUGUUUUGUUUUUUUUAAAUUAAUUUAUUUUUAUUAUUAUUAUUACAAUAAUAUAUAUGCUUAUGUUCAAAGAUUUUCUUGAUUAAAAUCUGUGAAACUGGAAAGCACUACUGAUGAUGUAGGCCUAUGAAUACUUUACAGUUUAAAUAUAUAAUUUUUUCAUGUUGCGGUAAUGAGAAUAUUAGCUAUAAUGACUAUCUUUUUUUGCAUUGCAGUAAUGAGAACUGGGCAAUGGGGUAAAAUGUGUGAAGCUGUCAGAAAAUAAUGUCGCACUGUAAAAAAUCUCAAUGGCCAUAAAAAAUAGGCUAAAUGUAAUUUCAUUUUGUUUCUUGGUGUUUGAUUUUGAAAUAAAAUAGGACCAGGACUUUUUCUUAACAGGUUUAGUGAGAAUAACGUUUUUAACUUUAAGAAUAAGGUUUUUAAAUGUUAUUAAUGAAAGCUAUUAUGAAGUGUUACAAUGUAAUAGUCUGUAUUCUUUCAUAAUUUUGAACAUUCAUUUGCUGUACGUGAUUCCAGGUUAUUUUCAGGGUCAUUAUCACAGGCAGAAUGAUUCCUGUCCAUUUAUAUGGUCUUCCUAAAAAUGCAAAUGUACAUAUUUUGUAAUAUAUUGCUAUUACUUAAAUUAUUUUAUAAAUUAAAGAGAGAGAAAGAGAGAGAGAGAGAAAAAAAAUGAAUUUUAAGAGCACUGCCAGGUAUCUUUCCAACAUUAAACAGUAAACUGCACAUAAAAUUUAAAAAAAUGUUCUCUGUAUUUAUGUUGUAUUAUUUUAUUAAAUGUUUAAGUGUGGUCUGUUGGAGAUGCCCAUGUCACCAAAUUAUGUGCCUGCUUCAGUCUAAUGAAAUAUUUAUUCUUGAAGUCAAAUAUUCAACAGAUAUAUAUAUUAAUUUGCAGCCAUGUAAAAGUUGGUUUGUUAAAUUUGUUUAAUUUUUAAAGUAAUUUAUUUGGGGUUCAAUACAAGUUAAUCUAGAUCGACAGCAUUUGCGGUAUAAUGUUGAUUUCUUUUCUUUCUUUCUUUUCAUUACUUUUCUUUCAAAUAAAAAAGAAGCAAAAACUGCAGUUAUGCGAGGCACUUACAAUAUAAGUGAAUGGGGCUUUUACACUUUUCUGUGUAAAGUUACAGCCAAUUUUACAACUUCAUUGCCAUGACGACAUAAUGCGGUAAACCCUGUAAUCCCAGUAAAUUGCGAUUUUA